AUGCAUUUUCACUAUCUAUCUAUCUAUCUAUCUAUCUAUCUAUCUAUCUAUCCAGCUAUUAAUACAUCUUCACUCGUUUUCACUAUCUAUCUAUCUAUCUAUCUAUCUAUCUGUCUGUCUGUCUGUCUGUCUGUCUAUCUAUAUAAGUGUAGUCACUCUCUUUCUAUCUAUCUAUCUAUCUAUCUAUCUAUCUAUCUAUCUAUCUCAGCUGGAAUUUUACUUCAUCUAUUCUUUUUGUCAUUUGGAUAUCUAUCUAUCUAUCUAUCUAUCUAUCUAUCUAUCUAUAUAAUUUUCUUUCUUUCUUUCUUUCUUUCUUUCUUUCUUUUCUUUACAAUUAUUUUCCUUCUUUUCUUUUCCAUUUUCCUGUUAAUUUCUUCCUUCAAUAUUUUCUUUUUCCUUUUUGUCUUUGGCCCUUUCUAUUUUCGUUUAUUUCUUUCUAACUCCUUUUUCUUUUUCUUUCUUUCUUAUCUGCUCUCUUUGUUCACAAUAUUAAUUAUUUCCGUUUGCAUUUCCUUCCUUUUAUAUUCGAUUUCUUUUUUCUUUCUUUCUUUUCUUUCCUUAGCUGGUUCUCUUUUUACUCUACACAUUUCUUUCGUUUUCACUUUCUUUCUUUCUUUCUUUCUUUCUUUCUUUCUUUCUUUCUUUCUUUCUUUCUUUCUCCCCAUCUCUUAUUUGUUUUUCUUUUCUUUUCUUAAUUUCUCCCUUCGCAUUUUCUUUCUUAUCCCCAUUUUCUCCCUUCCAUUAUUUCCUUCGAUUAUAAAUUUCUAUUUCAUUUUCUUUCUUUCUUUCUUUCUUUCUUUCUUUCUUUCUUUCUUUCUUUCUUUCUUUCUUUCUUUCUCCCCAUCUCUUAUUUGUUUUUCUUUUCUUUUCUUAAUUUCUCCCCUUCGCAUUUUCUUUCUUAUCCCCAUUUUCUCCCUUCCAUUAUUUCCUUCGAUUAUAAAUUUCUAUUUCAUUUUCUUUCUUUCUUUCUUUCUUUCUUUCUUUCUUUCUUUCUUUCUUUCUUUCUCAUAA